CAACAUUUUAAAUGCUCUUUCAAAACAAGUUAUUGGCCGCUCAUUCCAAACAUCGRGAACUUUAUGGCAGRAAAUCUUAAGUGGGAGAGAGCUGUCGAAUUUGAUUAGARUUCAUCCAAGAUGAAGAUGUCCAGUGUCACCUCCWUAWGCGUUUGGAUGUGUUUAAUAUUUCUCCGAAGCACAGUUUUAGCUGUAGACAAAUUCACAUCUACUCCUCCAUCAGCUUUGACUAUAGUAGAAGGCAAAGUGAUGAAUCUAACUUGGACACUGAAAAUGGAUGAUAGCGGGAGUUUUGUUAGUGCUAUAGUAAAGAAAUAUGUCGGUGGAAUAGCGAAAGCAAACAUAUUUUUCAGUCAAUUUGACAAAAAAGCAGACGCUCGAGACGGCUGGGUUGGUCGUAAAGCAGACUUGUCCUUGAAUGCUACCGUUUCUGGGACCAUAGUAACCAUCCAGUUUUCUUUGGCAAAUCUGAACAAAAUCACUGAUGAAGCUGUCUACGAUGUAACUACCAGUAGCACCAGAGACACCGAAGAGUCUCCCAAAGUAUCUCUGACUAUUAACGUCCCUCCCAGUAUCACAAGCUCGCACCCGUAUACUAUCGCCGCCAAUGAAACACAGACCGUACAGCUUGUGUGCAAUGCCACUGGUUUUCCGACACCAACAGUUAACUGGACAAGAAAUGGUGUACUUGUUGGCACAGGAAGCYCAUUCAGCAUUGAAGCCACACCCCAAGAUCAUGAAAGAUGCUAUACUUGUGUUGUGUUCAACGGUGUUUAUGAAGCCAAGACAGCCAACGUUUGUCUUUCUGUGCAAUACAAACCAUAUGGAKCACAUGGACUCACCUUUGAUCGCACAAGCGUGUGUCAAAAUGACACUGUCAAUGUGACGUGUAAAUCAGGACCAUCAAACCCUGAGGUUUCCGCCUUUAAGUUUUAUUAURGYGAAGAACUUGUUCAAAGUGGCUCAAGUAACUCAUACAUCAGUAAAGCAAUUCAUGGAGCACCAGCAGUGAACAAGUUUACCUGUGUUCCGGGUAAUCUUCUUGGCUACGCGGUAAACAAUGUAUCGGGCAAYGUURUUGCGAAAGGUAAWUUGAACAAUUUAUAUUUAGAUAUUUAGUUUUAGAACUGCAUUCGGAAUUUGA